GCGGCGGAAUACCAGUUGUUUGAGUUCGCCGUCGUCGUCGGCGACGUCGAGGGCAUCCUUGUCUCCGCCCGUCAUGUCUAGCUUCGACAAGGUCGUCAAGCUCGCCUGCAAGCCCAAGGCAAACCCGCCAAAGUCGAAGUACCUCGAGCCCAUCAUCGCCGCGACAUGGUCCGAGGAGGGCGCCGUGGGCGAUGUCUGCAAGGCCCUUGCCCCCAGGUUCCGCGAGCCGAACGCCAUAGUCGUGUUCAAGGCCCUCAUCGUCCUCCAUACCAUGAUGCGCAGCGGCGCGACGGAUAAUGUGCUCGGCUUCCUCUGCUCCCACGACGUCCUACGCCUACGGAACGUCUCGGCGGGGAAUUGGGAAGGCUACCAGGCCCCGCAGAACCUCCAGCACUACGCCAUCUACCUCGACUCGCGAAUACGCGCCUUCAGCGAGCUCAAGCACGAUGCGAUACGUGUGCAGGCGGAGAACAACCGCGAUAUGCGCAACUCGCACGUUGUCGACGACGAGCUUGGGAUCAACGUUAGCAAGUACAAGGCGAAGAGCGAGCGGAGCAAGUCAGCGAGUGCGGGUGUGUCGCGAAGCAAGACGGUCAUGGGUCGGAAGCUGCGGGUCAUGACGGUGGAGAAGGGCCUCUUGAGGGAGACGAAAGCGGUACACCGAAUGAUUGACGCGCUCGUCGAGUGCAGGUUCUAUCUCGACGAUUUGGAGGACGAGCUCACGAUCACUGCACUGCGAAUGCUUGUGAAGGAUCUCCUUAUCCUUUUCCAAGCCGGUAAUGAGGGUGUUAUCAACCUACUCGAGCACUACUUCGAGAUGUCCCAUGUCGACGCAGAGGCAGCGCUCAGGAUCUACAAGCACUUCUGCAAGCAGACUGAGAAGGUCGUCGAGUUCCUCGGUGUUGCACGGAAAUUGCAGAACCUCCUCAACGUCUCCAUACCCAACCUCAAGCAUGCGCCGGUGUCCCUCGCCAGCGCUUUGCAAGAGUACCUCGACGACCCCAACUUUGAGCAAAAUCGCAUCGAAUACCGCGCCAACAAAGAGGCCGUCGAUAAGGGUAUCGUGAAGGAGACUGACGCACGGAGGUCGAAACCCGAAGACAAACCCUCUACCUCGUCCUCUACACCAUCAAAUGCGACCACACCCUCAACGUCCACGAACAAGAAUGUCAUCGACUUCUUCGCGGCAAUCGAGGAGGAGCAACCCACCAUGUUCAACCCCCAGACCAACAGUCCCAACUCUGCCUACUUCCAGCAAAACCAGAUCGCCAAUCCUUUCGUUCAACGCCAAAUUACCGGCAUGCCUAUGCAACAACCCGGUAUGAUGCCCCAACAAACAGGCAUGCCCAUGCAGCAGCCCUUCGUCGCGCCGCAACAGACCGGCUUCAACCCCUUCGGCAUGCAGCAGCAGCAGCAACCACAACAGCUCCUCCAGCCCCAAGCCACGGGCCACCGCCCCUUCUCGUCUUUCCUUCCCGAUUCACAUUCACAACCGCAAUUCAACGGGCUUAACCCGAGCCUCAAUGGCAUCUCGGGGUCGGCGUCGAUGGGCGCAAUGCCGCAGCAGCCGCAGAUGACGGGGAUGCCGUCUCUGCAGGUCAAUGGGUCGUUCCCGAAUGGGCAGCAGCAGCAGCAGCUGUCGAAUACGGCGGGGGUGCAGCUGCCGCAGUUCCCGGGGACGACGCUGCGCGCGAAUGCGCUGACACCGCAGAUGACGGGGUCGAACCCUUUCCGCGCAAGCUCGGUGCUGCCGCAGACGACGGGCUUCCAGGCGUCGCCAUUUGGGCAGCAACAGCAGCAGCCCUUCCAGUCCUCGCCUUUCGGAUCUCAGCAACAACUUGGCCAGCAACAGCCUUUCCAGCCGACGCCGUCGUUUGGUGCAUCGUUGUUUGGCGCAGGCGGACAGCAGCAGCAACCGGAGGCGCCCGCUCGACCCGCGUCGGCGCCGUUGGGCGCGAUGAAGAGCGCGAGCCCGCCGCCGCAGCCAGUGAAGACGCACCAGACGGGGACGAAGAACCCGUUCGGACCCGUAGUGCAGCCGCCACCGCCGGUGCCGAAGGUACCAACGCUGAUGGAGCUGGCGAUGGGGUAUGGGAAGCAGCAGAAUGGGCAGCAGCAGCCAAACGGUCAACAGCAGCAGCAGCAAAAUGGCCAGAACGGCCCGUUGCAGCUGCAGACGACGGGCUUUGGCGCGUCGUUAUUCGGGAGUGGGAGUCAGACGGGCGGGAUGGGGAGCUCGUUGUUUAGCGGGGCAUCGCAGCAGCAGCAGCAGUCCCAGCAGACGGGCGCCGGCUCGUCGGGACUUGGGCUCAACUCGAGUGCGCUGGGCGCGGGCCCGACGGAUAUGAGCAGCGUUGCGUCGUCGUUUGCGAAGAGUGACCAGGGCAAUGGGCAGAACAAUAACGGUUCCGGCCCUUCAUCCUCACUGUUCGGCAACACUUCUUCGUUGAACCCGCAGAAUACGUCGACGACGAUAACCACGACCUCGGCAUCCCUGUUUUCGCACGCGACGGGCAUCUCAUCGCAACCGACAGGCCUGACCUCGCAACCCACGGGCGCGUCGGGCGGCUUACGACCACAGACGACAGGUUUCCAGUCGUCGCUCAAGCCGUUCAAACCCUCGUCGUCGUUCGGGGCGAGUUUGCUGGAGUCGCUGCCGCCGAUCCCGGGGUCGUCACCUGCGACACCCGCGGUGACUGGGUCUCAGCCUAACGGGCAGGCGAAUGGGCAGGUCGGGAACGGUUCGUCGCAGUUCUCGUUGCAUGCGAGCAGCGGGAGUCUUGGGGGCACGUCAUCGGGACCAGGGUCGGGUGCGACGACCGGCGUAGGCCUUCGACCACAGAUGACGGGGGGCGCGAACCCCUUCCGGCCGCAGACGAUGUUCGCGCUGGGCGGGAAUGGUGCGCCGCCUAUGCCAGCGUUCAACGGUGGCGGGUUGGGCUCCCAGCCGACGGGGGCUUUCGGCGGCCUGAGCUCGCAGCCGACAGGCGCGUUCGGGGCUCUGGGGUCUCAACCUACAGGGGCCUUUGGCGGCCUCAGCUCGCAGCCGACGGGCUUCACGGCGCAGUCCUCGUUCGGACAGUCGCUCUUUGGGCAGCAGCAGAACCAGCAGCAACAACAGACCAACCAGCCACCGACGGCGUCGCUGAUAUGAUGGCGAACGCACGACAGUCUCUGCUCUCUGCUACGUGACCUAUGCCUGCCUGCCGCCCCAUGGCACGCCCGGGGAUGGAUGGAUCUGCACUGACGAUGAUAGGGUAGGGCGGACGCGCAUGGACCCUGGCUCGUUGACAUGCAUAUGCUCGCCGAUACCGUGCACUCGCGGCUACCGUACACACGUUCUCCGUUACCUCGCCUCCGGCCCGUUUCGAUUGAUACCUUGUGCUUUUACUACUUACCAUUAUUCCGCCCGACCGUGCGCGUCCGUUAGGGCGCGCGCCACGCUCCUUGUAUCUGUCCGUUAUCCUAUAGCUACCUCGUUUUGUGCGUUGCGGUGUGGUGCGUCAGACCUCCGCGGCGCGUUGUGCAAGUAUACGGUGCCGUCUGACUCUGCCUUCAAUGGAUUGGUUAUAUGCCUGUGGUGGUGAACUCGGCGC